CCCCCUCCACGUCACUAGUCCGAAAGCAUUCGUGUGCGCUCUUUCUCUACCAGCAAUGAUCAUCGGCACGGUGAGCGGUUGCCUUACCAACGGUUUAGUCUCUGCCCUCGCAUGCAGUCUGUCUAUUGCGUUCCCAACAGCUACCACUCUGAAGUGCGACGUGGGCAGCUCCCAGCCUGCGUACAGUUUAUGGAAAUACUUGAUAGCCGCGAGGUAUCCCUUCACCGUUUGGCUCUGGUUCUUGUACGCCAAACACCUCGACGCCAUGAACACAGUUAGCUCUCUCACUGCGCUAUCCACACCGUCUUCUUCGUACAACCAUGGACUCAGAUUCGCUUGAGCUCUUUCAGCUGUCCACGUGUCCUACUUGCUGUGCUAUCCCUUCAGCGUGAUCGCGUUGAGGGAGCCGUGGUCCAUAAUCCUGAGGAGCCUUUCGCCUUCAUCGCUCGUUCCCUUCGUCCCGUGUUCGCUUCCUGCGCUUGAACACGUUAGAGUCAUCACACCUUUUGUUUAGUUCUUUUGCUAUCAUUCUCUCAUCACUUCUUCUCUUUACACGCUUGCCAUGCGGCUCCACACGAGGCCAUCCAUUCUUUGGUUCAGGAGUUUCUCCUGCAGUAUCAUUUCAAUUAGUUCUCUUCCGUUGUCUCCGAUGUCUUGCAUUCGCCAGUUAUUAUCAUGCGUGAGUCUUUCCACAUUGACUGCUACGUCCUCUGACUUCCAUCUAGAUAUCCCGUCCGCGAGGGUAUUCUCGCGUCCCCGGAUGUGUUUCGCCACGUGACACCAUCCGUUGUCAAUCUCCAUACGACCAAGCAGUCUCAUGAGCAGUCCCGCUCGCCUAUNUCUUCUUGCUUUUUUUAAGUUCUUUUGCUGAUCAUUCUCUCAUCACUUCUUCUCUUUACCCGCUCUCCAUGCGGCUCCACACGAGGCCAUCCAUUCUUUGGUUCGGGAGUUUCUCCUGCAGUAUCAUUUCAAUUAGUUCUCUUCCGUUGUCUCCGAUGUCUUGCAUUCGCCAGUUAUCGUCGUGCGUGAGUCUUUCCAUGUUAACUAUUACGUCCUCUGACUUCCAUCUAGAUAUCCCGUCCGCGAGGGUAUUCUCGCGUCCUGGGAUGUGUUUCGCCACGUGACACCAUCCGUUUUCAAUCUCCAUGCGGCCAAGCAGCCUCAUGAGCAGUCCCGCUCGCCUGUCUCUCGAGCCCCCGCAUCUGUUUACCCAUGAUACCGCCGACACGUUGUCUCCCCUCAUCAUGAUAGCUUGUCCGGGUUGCGUCGGCUUUUCUCCCACAACCAUUUGGACCACCCAGCAUGUAAUUAUCAUCCCGCGCAAUUCUAGCAUGUUGAUCGUGAUUGCGCUGGUUUCUUUGGCUUCUGCUUUCCUUUUCAGCUCCGCGGUAAACGCCGGUUGAAAUCGAUACCGCCAGAACACUUUUAAUUCGGGACAGUGUCCGCCUACCGCGUCGAAGCUAGCAUCCGAUAGGUAGUGACGGAGAGGCGUGCGUUGGACGUGGUUAAAAAAGAACGCGCUAAGUGACUCUCCUUUCUCCUUGAAUUUAACUUCCAGCGCCCAUCUCCAGAAGUCUAGGUCUCCUUGGAACUCCCAACCAAGACGUACCUGCCGCUUCUCUCUCGCCUGUCUGUUAGUCUUGUUGUGUAGUCCGGUGAGGCGAAAGAGGUGCCAUACGAAAUAUUUCCCCGCCCUCAUGACGCAUGUCAGGUUCCAGAGUUUUCCCGCCAUACUCAGGACUUCUUGCACACUGGCGAAUUCUCUGGUCUGUGGCCAAUCGUUCUCUAGCGCGGUCCUUAUCGCGUCGAUCCUCUCACGUGUUGUCGCGAUCGUCAUUUUAUGGGUGUCUAUCGUGUGUCCGAGAAAGUCCACUUUCGUGUUCCAGUCUGUGCUUUUCUUCAGGGCAAGAAUGGGCGUUUGGCCCGCCUCUGCUGGCCCGAAGAGUCUCAUACAGUCAGACGCUAAUGACGCGGAGGCUACCAACGUUGAUGCGUCGUCUGGCGCAUGUUGUACUUUCAGUAAAGCGAAAUCGUCUACGUACACCCCGCACGAGAAAUAAUCGUGUGGUCCGCCUCCGUCGUGCGGUUUCACGUUGGAAUCUCGGGGCACUCGGGCGGGUUGUCCGCCUUCCCACGGCUCGACUAUUUUCACAUGUGACAUCAUUUCGAUCCCUUCGUCUACUAGUUGUACGUUGUGUACGUUGGUGUUGCGGUGUGAGUGUUCAGCGGCGGACGCCAUGACUCCCCAAAAACCGGGCGAAUCUGCCCAUCCCAACGUCAGUCUGAAGUCGGCGACUAGUACGUCUCCUAUCACAUAGCAGAAUUUUUGUGCAUCGUCUGGCGCAACUCUCACGUUUCGGUUUGGGUUGUUCACGUCAGCCGUGGACACUAGUAUCCUCUUGUCAGGCCAUUUGACUCUUAAGCGUGUUAUCUCAGAAAGGAAAGCAGGUAGAGUCUCUCCGCACAAACAGUCGGGUACUUCUUCCGAUACCGUAUCGACGUUGACUCCGCCCUUCUGUCCGCGCAGCAGCUUGGAGUCAAAAGAAAAAUCGUUGAUGUUUCUGAUUUGUUUUUCCUACCACUGCUCCUAGCGGCGAGACGCGCUUCAUGCAAGUUGCGUCCGCUACGUUGAAUACGAGGCAUAUGUUCUGCUCGACGUCGUCUAUCAGCUUCUUCCACACCAGUUCCAUGUGGGCGUCUAUCGUACUGUGAUUUCCGUAUCGCAGCGCGAUCUCGAGGUUUGGCGGGCUGUCGUGUGUUUUCGCUGGCACACCGUUGUCCAUGAUGUCUACGAAAUUCGUUUAAGUCUGGGAAGCGUUUUUUGGUUCCGAAGUGUUGUUCGAGGUCGCUCAGGUUUAGCGGCAGUGACACCAAGGUGCCGCCGAUUGCCCUCGCGACAUCUCCCAACUUUCCGUCGUUCGUUUUCAGAAGCAUGCUACCAGUCUUCGCAAGUUCGUGGAUGAUUUCCUGUUUUUCGUCAAUUCGUGUGCCACGUGCGAGGCAUUCCUUUUGUUCUCUCCACAUUUCAGCCAGUAGCUUCCCGUAAGGAGGUGGCAAGGCUGCCGACCCGUCACUACCCGUCUUCUCCAGUUUUCUCACUGGGGGUCCGUUUCUCCCUUGUUACAGGGGUCUUUCUCUCCAAUACACGAAUUGGGUCUAGCACUCUUGCGAUCUUCUCCCUGGUGCGAGGGUCCGUUUCUCCCUUGAUACGGGGGUCUUCUCUAGUGUUCCCACUAGGUCCUUCUCUGUCUUUGUCUCCAAUACACGUAUUGGGUCUAGCACUCUUGCGAUCUUCUCCCUGGUGCGAGGGUCCGUUUCUCCCUUGAUACGGGGGUCUUCUCUAGUGUUCCCACUAGGUCCUUCUCUGUCUUUGUCUCCAAUACACGUAUUGGGUCUAGCACUCUUGCGAUCUUCUCCCUGGUGCGAGGGUCCGUUUCUCCCUUGAUACGGGGGUCUUCUCUAGUGUUCCCACUAGGUCCUUCUCUGUCUUUGUCUCCAAUACACGUAUUGGGUCUAGCACUCUUGCGAUCUUCUCCCUAGUGCGAGGGGUCUGCUUCUCCCUUGUUACUGGGGUCUUCUCCAGCGUUCACGCCGGGUCUAUUGUCUCCCGUGUUACGGCGGUCUUUUUCUCUCACUCGUUCAAGUCUAGCACACGGUUGUCCUCCUUGGAUAGAGGGAUCCAAUAGCGCUGGUUCUGCAAUAAUUUCAUGUUCAUCACUAUUGGUGCGUGAAUUACUUUGGCUGGUACUUCUAAAAGUACCCCGUUGUUUUACUCCUUGGUGAGAUUGGCCUAUCAACUCUGGCUCUGCAGUAAGUUCAUGUUCCUCACUAUUGGUACUAAAUUUACUCGGGCGGGUACUUCUUCUCUCACCGUAGACCACGUUCGGUGCCACCAACCCGGAAAGAGGCGCUUCAGUUAGCGCCACGGUCCUGCUCCUGCCUACAAAAGCUGCUACCGUGGUGCCACCCGCCCCCCUCAGCCGCGUUGGCCCCACCUCUGGAUGGGGCCCGUAUUGUCAGGAGUUGGUUCCUGCUGCUCCGUGUGGCCUGUAGUUGUUGCUGUAACGGGCGACCACGGGGCGUGAUGCGGCGGGGGCGAGGGCGGGGGCGGGGGCAGGAGCAAGGGCGAUCGCGGGGGCGGGGGCCCGGGCUGGGGCUGUUGGCGGCGGACUGGGCGGCGGACCGGGGGGGGCGACGCUGGGGUGAACCUGUACGUGGUUGAGGGUGCAGUGCGGGCGGGUGCACUUUUGCCCUUUCCAGUGGGAGUGACACGCAGGGUGGGGGGUUCCCCACGUGAGGAGGUCCUGCUGGAACGAGGACAGUGUCGCCACCGCUUGUUGGUUGGAGACGGGUGCGGCGAUUAUCCGCGGGCGGGAUGCUGUAUGUCCGCUCGUGGCGCUGCUCGCUGACGCUUUCCUCUUCUGUGGCUGCGGGAGCCCGGCCAGGCCGUUGUUAAGCUUUCCGACGAUGGGGUUGGCGCUGCCUUCCGCGGUGAGACCGCGCAGCCGCGAAAACACGGCGGGGGGGACGGGUUGCACGUCGUCGUCUGCCGGCGGGGAGAUUUCGUGGUCGGCGCGGGUCGCGACGCCAACGUCUGAGAUGUUCCCGAGAUACUUGUUGAUGUCGGUGUUGGUGUCGGUGAUCAGGCGCGUCUUCACCGCUGCUUCUUGACCCGUGAUCUCCGCUGAAUGAAGGCUGAGGUUGUCCCGGGCGUUGGACACAACGCGGCUGACUUCGGCUUUCAACCGUUGCCUGCGACCGGUCGAUGGUUCGCCUGCGGCGUGUGUGCCUUGGUCCAACACGGCGAAGAAUGCUUCCACGAACGUCUCGAGGUGAACGGUGAAGUCGCGUGGCUGCGGGGUCCACCCCGUAGGGAGGGCGAAUCGAUCAUUUCGGCGUCGGGAUAGGCCACUUUGCGCAGCAGCUGGGCGAUUGCGUUCUUUGACAGCGUGGUGCUAACGAACCACCCGCCGCGCAGCAGAAGCAGCGUCGCCGCGGACUCGUCUCCCCAUGCCUUCGUAUCGUGGCGAAACCUUUUUUUCUGUACAUGGGUGUUGUGGGCCUGGUUCGACACGUUCAUGUUUUGGCCCAGAGCUUGCGCUUGCUGGGGCUGUAGCACGAUCUGGCCACCUAGAGGGAGAUUGAUGGGCUGGGGCUGACCUUGCUGCUGGAGGCCGCCAGGGGGGAGGUGGCCAGGCUGCUGUUGCUGUUGCUGUUGCUGGUGCUGGUCGUGCGGGUGCUGCUGCUGCUGUUGCUGCUGCUGCUGCAUCCUGAGCUCCAGGUUGCCGAGUCGGUCGUUUUGCUCUUUUAGCAGUACAGACAUCUGCAGCAGUAGCUGGACAGGGUUGAUGGGGGGAGGUGGGCCUCCCAGCCCGGCUGGCGCGGCUCCGCCCGCGUUCUGGUCUCCUCCUCCUGCUGCCGGAGGCGCGUUGUUGUGUCCCGCCGCCUGUUGGUUUCCCGCCGCCCCUGCUGGCUGGUUUCCCGCUGCUACUGCCUGUCCGCCACCAUGGGGAGCUGCCGCUACUGCUCCUCCUCCGCCGCCGCUGCUCUGCUGUUGGUUAGCUGCGGGCGGUGGUCCACCUGGAGGCGGCAGUGGAGGCGGUGGAGGUUGCGUUGGCUGCGCUGGCUGCGGCUGCUGGGGGGGACCCUG